UGGUCUCAACUCACUCGGGAUCCUUGGAUCCUUCAGACGGUGUCCGGGUUCCACCUGGACUUUUCAGGCGAACCAAUACAAAAAUCUCCUCCUACCCCGAUCAAGAUGUCAUUGUUAGACGAGUCGACUCUACAGAGCGAACUCAACAAUCUAUUCACCAAAG